AUAUGACCUAAAUUCGGUAAAUUAGAGCGGACUGACAUUUAAAAAUGCAGAAAGAUUAUCCUCUCUUACGAAUUCUUCAGUUAGUCGCCGCUGUUACUCAAUGGAUAAACACUGUCUGAAGAAAUAUCAAAUUUAAAAAAGAACUAAACCGUAUUCAACACAUCUACAAUGAUACCACAAAAUACAAUAUCGCAAUGGACUAUUGCUACUGGUGUUGCAGUGCUUACCACCGCAGGCCUUCUUUUCGCCUUUUUACGAUGCAGAAGGAAGACAGCUUAUCCAGAAAACAUGAUCAUACUUCAUUUGAUACCAAGAAUACGAGAAGCUCCGAACAUCUCUCCUUUUGCCAUAAAGCUAGAGACUUUUCUCCGUAUGGCCAAGUUGCCGUAUCAGGUUGAAUAUACCCAUAAAAUGUCACCGAAACACAAAUCACCUUGGAUUACGUACAACGGAGAAGCUGUCAGUGACUCCCAGUUCAUUAUUGAGUAUUUAAAUAAGAAAUUCGAUGUUGAUUGUAACAGUCAUCUCCCGGAUGAGCAAAAAUGUAUUGCUAGAGCUAUGCAGAAAAUGGUGGAAGAGAAUUUAUUUUGGGCUUUGGCUCUCAGUCGAUUUGUUUACAGUUAUUCUGAUCCAUCUCUUCGACAACUGAUUCCUGUUCCAAAAAUUAUCAUUUGGAGAAUAAAAAGAAUACUUCUCAGUCAAACAUACAGCCAGGGUAUUGGUCGACAUUCUCGUUCUGAAGUGGAACAUAUUGCAAUGGGAGAUUUAAAGGCACUCUCUGAUUUUAUUGGUGAAAAGAAGUUUCUGAUGGGAGAUAAACCUUGUGAGACUGAUUGUGCUAUAUUUGGGAUAAUUGCAGUGACAAAACAGAUGCCGAAAAGUAGCUUUUGCACUAAGAUCAUUGAAGAUGGAAUAUUCCCUAACCUAACUGCUUACUUUGAAAGAAUGAAAGACAUGUAUUGGCCUGACUGGGUUGCUCCAGACUUGAAAUUUCCAACAUUUGGUCUUCAGCCUCUGAAAGACUAAAUAAUUGAUAUUUUAAAAUUUUUUUAUUGAUACAAUAUUGAUUUUACUGUUUUCUUUUUUCUUUUCCUUUUUCCACUAGUUUUAAUACUUUAGACUUAUUUAAAUGUAUUAUUGGCUAAUUACAACAGAAAAAAAAAUUUGGUUUCAAAUAUUAGUAGAGGUAUGUUAAGCAGCUAUUCUUCAUU